AUGAAACCUGAUGUCGUUGAGAUUUACGCUGAUGGUGCUUGUCCCUCGAAUGGCCGUGUUGAUGCGCGUGCUGGGAUCGGCGUGUUCUUUGGGACAGAUGACCGGAGGAACCUGUCAAUGCCGUUAGUGGUGGGUCCUCAGACCAACCAGAGAGCAGAGCUUGCAUCAAUUCUUGCUGCACUGCUUCGGUUUGUAGACUAUGACGACGAUUCAGCAAAGCAACACCCUUCUGGCAGCAGCGAGGUGCGUUUGGUAGUCAUCAGCGACAGCUCCUACGCCGUAAACUGCUUGGGACCUUGGGCUGCGCGCUGGUGCCGAAAUGGGUGGAUAAGUACUUCGGGGAAGCCCGUAAAGAAUGCAGAUUUGAUUCAAGCGAUUCUUCUUCUGUGCGACAGAAGGCGAAAGACAGCGCCCUCGGGCGCAACCUGGCGUGGGAGUGUCGAAUAUGAAUACAUUAGGGGGCACUCUGGAGUUUACGGAAACGAAAUGGCGGACAAGCUGGCUGUGCAGGGCGCCAACAGCGCCUGGCCAGCGCAUUCCCUGGCCAGCGGGGCAGGUUUCACUCAGGGCCCUGAAGAGGCUGAAGGGGUCCUGGAGACAUUUACAGACAUCCUCAGGAGAGUUCGCUAA